GCCUCUUUCUCAGUUGGAGAGAGGCAGGGAAUCCGGGUGGUAGUGUUCUGAGACGCACCUGGCGUAACCCCUCUCCGAGUCCAGGUCCCGCGGAGGCUGCAGCCAUGAAGGAGAGACGGGCCCCCCAGCCAGUCGUGGCCAGAUGUAAGCUCGUUCUGGUGGGCGAUGUGCAAUGUGGGAAGACAGCAAUGUUACAGGUGUUGGCGAAGGACUGCUAUCCCGAGACGUAUGUGCCCACUGUGUUUGAGAAUUACACAGCCUGCUUGGAGACAGAGGAACAGAGAGUGGAGCUCAGUCUCUGGGACACUUCAGGGUCUCCCUACUAUGACAAUGUCCGUCCACUCUGCUACAGUGACUCGGACGCAGUAUUAUUGUGCUUUGAUAUCAGCCGUCCAGAGACUGUGGACAGUGCACUCAAGAAGUGGAGGACGGAAAUCCUUGACUAUUGUCCCAGCACCCGUGUCUUGCUUAUUGGUUGUAAAACCGACCUGAGAACAGACCUGAGCACUCUGAUGGAGCUGUCACACCAAAAGCAGGCACCCAUCUCUUAUGAGCAGGGCUGUGCCAUUGCCAAGCAGCUGGGUGCAGAAAUAUACCUGGAAGGCUCGGCUUUCACGUCAGAGAAGAGUAUCCACAGCAUCUUCCGGACAGCGUCCAUGGUGUGUCUGAACAAACCCAGCCCAGUGCCCCCGAAGAGCCCUGUCCGAAGCCUCUCCAAGCGACUGCUCCACCUCCCCAGCCGUUCUGAACUCAUCUCUUCCACCUUCAAGAAGGAAAAGGCCAAAAGCUGUUCCAUUAUGUGAAGUGGGGGUUGGAGAGGGGAGACAACCUCCCACUUCCUCCCUUGGGUUGCAGAGGCACGGGGAGAGGGAGGAGGAGACAAUUUAGGACUCUGGGCAUGAGAUUUUCAGAUGGCCAUGGUGAGGGCUCAGAAAGAGACAGGAACGAGACAAGGAAAGAGCCAGGCCCGGCUUGAGGACCUGACACUGAGAAAGAACCAUCACACCCCAAGCCAGGCACUAGGUGGUGGAGGGGGCGGCUGCCCCAGUGCCCUCUGCUCCAGUGGCAGAAAAGGUGUGGGGGUUUGGGGGGCAUGCUGGCCUCACAGCUUUGGUUGGGGGCCUACAGGAGCCUCACUUCAGCAUCAUGCCUCUUCCACACAGCGUUUCCAUGCAGGCCAGGGGAUGGGAGGGGUCCCUGAGCCCUUCCCUUCCCCUCUGAGGAGGCUGCAGAGGAGUGGAGAGUGGGGAAGCCAAGGGGCAGCUCCCUUGGGAGCUGAGCCCAGGUGCUUCAUAACUGGUAACUGAAAUCAGAAGGCAGGAGCUGGUCAGAGCCACUGAGAAGGAAACCUCAUCUUUGCAUAGCCCAUGCCUCAUGGAGAGGUGACAUCAUACAUUCGCAUGCUUCUCACCUGAGUCCCCAGGGUCCAAGGGAGAAGCCCCAGACCCCCUUCUCUUGCAGUGUGGGGGUGGUGGUGCUGCAGGAGGCAGGGCUGGGUGGGGAUCACCAGACUUUUUCUGCCCUUAGGGCAGUAUAGCUGGCAUUUGUUUUAUAGACUCUUGUCUUUGGAAUCGGGGGGAGGGGGGAGUGUUUCAAUCUGUUAUAUGUUCUGUGUUUAAAGAAGAAAACCUAUUUAUUAAUUAAAUAUAUAAGACAUACAAAGAAGUUGA